AUGGUGGAACACGCAGAUGCUAGUAAAUUUGGAUCGUCCAUGAUGUCACCAUGUUUGCCCUUGCUUGUCUUCCACCAUCAUCCUGACGGCCAAGAGGACGACAAUGAAGACGAGAUGCUAAUGUUCAGCAUAUCCAAGCAAAGCCUGCACAGCAACAUGGAGCGUGGCCCUGUAAGCGUAGGCAACAGCAACAUGUGCUGGACCACUCCACAAGGCUGGAUGCUCCUCGCCGAAGAUCACGACACGGUGUCUUCGGCUUGUCUAUGGAACCCUUACACCGGCGACAAGCUUCCCUUGCGGAUAUCGUAG